AUGUCAUUGAAACCCUCUACUCUCCUAAACCUGCCGGAUGUUGCGAAAGACCACUUGAUGGAGUAUUUGAAUUAUAUCGAUAUUGCCCGCCUUCGCAAAACUUGCCAUGUCUUCCGUCAAUAUCUCACUGUGAAAGAGCCAGAUGCAAAUAUUCCUUCUAUUCAAGUUUUGCAAGACGAGAAAAUCAUGAAGCUCAGUUUUGAAGCAAGAUUUCGUGAGCGUCUGGUAAAGAUUGAAUAUAAGAAAGUCAACGACGGAUGCUCGAUUGAAGCGAACUUUCCGCAAGGGGACACUGUUGUCCGAGCAGACGGUCGAAAUUAUUUGGAUGUGUUCUGUCAAGACUUCUCAAUGCUCCUAACACACCAAAAAUCAAUUUCCCGUGAAGUGGAUUUUAUUGCUCUGAGAGCUCCUGGAAAACGGACAGAGUUUUGGGAUACGAUUCGGAGAGUGCUGGAAGACACUAGGGCGGCUACCGGGACGAAAUCUUUGCUGAAGAAAAAAAGUUUGACUCUGCGAAACCUAAUGGCGCCUGAUGUUUUCUCUAUUCUCCCUUAUUUCGAUCCAAACUGCAUGGAAAAUAUCAACUUGACUGGAGAAUAUGAAGAAGCACAACCACUCAAUGGGAUCGUCGAAUUGCCUCUUUGGAAUCAUUUGAAGAAUGUCACACUUGACCAUUUUUUUAUUGGGAAUAUUCCACAAAAUAUAACUCAUUUGGAAACGUUUACCGGUAACGUUAGAGAAAUUACUGCUGAGGAUGUGUUACAGAUAAAAAAUAUGAUGCUACGUUCUGGUCAGUUGAAAUGUUGUUACAUUAGCAAUUGGAACCAAGACGAGAGUUUUCAACAAACACUUGGCCCAAUAUUCGUAGAGGGAGAAGGACAAAAAACGUGGAAGUUCGAUAGCCCAAUACCAGGAAACGUUUUGAGAGUUACAUGUAAUGGAAGGCUCGUUUGUUUUAACAGGAUUCUGGCAAGAUAG